UUUUUAUACCGCCUCUUCCACAAUUUACCUGACUUCACCCGUAGAAAUAUCAAACGGCGCAUGAUCAAAUAUUGGGGUACCCAACCAAGCAGGACUCUUCUUGAAUUCAUUUGUCGUCCAAAGUCCAAACUUUAAAUUUUUAGCUCUUCUUCCACAUCCGCCAUAUUUGUUUUUCCAUUCUCCGCGCAUCCAUCUCCUGUCUUCGUUCCUUCAACCGACCUUAUCAAAUAUUCUUAAAACCGAUAUCAGGCUUGGAUUCAAUCACCAGGCAUAAUGGAUUUUUCUGGGAUGUACUCAACAAAAGGUGAUCCGUUGCGCACACAAUGUAGAUCGUCACAUGGAAGAAAUCACCAUAAUGACUACAACACCUCACUUGCUGCUGAUUCCUUCAACACCACAAAGUACUUCAGUGUCAUCUUCCCACAUCAAGGAGAUCUUGCUCUUCAAAGCAACUUGAAUGAAAAAAUUAGAGAUUAUAGCUACAAUUACAAUGAUAGCUCUGUGAAACCUGCGUUUGAGCCUUCUUCUAAGCGAGUUAAGUGCUCAUCUCCUUCACGAGGGAGGUACCAUCAGCAACAACACCAUGCACAUAAUAAUUUUCAAUCGAGACAACCAUUCCUAAAUAGCAUUGUGCAUCAAAGGAAUCAGGGUGUUUAUGACACUGCCACCACAAUUUGCAACAAGAGUUCUACGAUUUCAUUUUCCAAUGCUAGUUAUAAUGACAAGCCUUCUUCUAACGAGUAUGCAUCUAAUACCCACAAGCGUAGCCGAUCAGAAUUUGAAGACAGUGACAUUGAGGUGGUGUUUAUGUCCAGAGAGGAAAUUGAUAGGUGCUCUCCGUCCAGGAAAGAUGGUAUUGAUGCUUUGCAUGAAAUGCAAUUACGAUAUUCAUACUGUGCUUUCCUGCAGACGCUUGGAACCCGACUAGAACUGCCACACACCACUAUUGGGACUGCCAUGGUUCUGUGUCACCGAUUCUUUGUUCAUAGGUCUCAUGCUAGUCAUGAUAGAUUUUUGGUGUCCACUGCUGCUCUCUUCUUGGCUGCCAAAUCAGAAGAAACGCCAUGCUCUCUCAACACCGUGCUGAGAUCAGCAGCUGAGAUCUUUCAUAAGCAGGACUUUUCUUAUUUAUCAUAUAUACUUCCCAUUGACUGGUUUGAGCAAUACCGCGAACGGGUUAUAGAGGCUGAGCAAUUGAUCUUGACAACUUUAAAUUUUGAGCUCAACGUACAGCACCCAUAUAGUUCUCUUGCAUGCACUCUUGAGAAAUUAGGGUUUUCCCAAUCAGUUUUGGUGAAUUUGGCAAUGAACUUGGUCAGCGAAGGGUAAGAUGCAUCCUUCUUUUCAUUCUUUAUUUAGAUUGUGGGCUUGUGGCUAUUAAUCAGUUUUUGUUGGAGGUUCCUAUGAAUGUUGGGAGCCUGGGACAUUCAAAACAGGAUGGGAUCAAUGGCCCAAAGAUCCAUUUAUUUGUUGUUCUACUUGUGAAAUUCGCUCAAUCAAUGUGUUUGUAAGGAUUGCAAUUUCUGCUUCUUGGUUGACUAUGCGAGCAGGGAUUAGAGAAGCGAUCAAAUUGGUCCUUUUUUUACUAGGCUUACAACUGUUUGUAUCUUUUCAGCAAGUUCUAUUUUCUUGUCUUAAUAUUUGUAGUCAUUGUGGAUCUAAUUUUGAUACAUUUGGAUUGACAUAUAAUUGCAGGGUCUUUAGAAGGAUUAGCAUGCUCGCUUGUAUGAUAUUCUUAGCUGGCGGUUGAUAUGCUGUUCAUCAAUUGUUUUGUUUUUCAUCUGAAGUUAAAAUUUUGGAUGCUUUUCACGUAACACGUAAAUAUCAAUUCAUUGGCCAUAGAAGAUAAGUCAGUGAUGCUCCUGGAGCAGAUUUGCCAUGACAGUGUGUUUUUGGUCACGUGGAAGAAACUUACUGACUUACUGGGUGCUCUUGCACUUCUUUCCACCUGACCUAUUUUUUGGUCUCCACAUAGGGUACCGACAGAUAGGGAAGUGAACCUGAAAAGGUGUUUGCUGAGUAAAUUUUUGGGGCACAUAACAGAAGCAUAUAAAUGCCCAAUAAAGCAAAGAGCGUAUCUCCAUGAUAUUUAUAAAUUAUACUUUCAGUACUAAAUAUUUUUCUCAAGGUCAUACGUAAUCCAUAGUACACCUGCAAUUUACAAACUAUGUGAAACACUAUUUUUUAUCCUUUUCACGUAGAGGCUGUUUCUCUGGUUUGACUUUUGAACCCAUGACUUUAACUGGAAUGCUUAUACACUUGGCCACUGAAUUAGGCCCAAGGUUUUGUACCACUAUAAAAAACAAGAGUAAGCUAUUAAGUCCAUUAUUAUACGUAGUAAUUUUUUACUUUUCAUAUGUUUAUUCAUCCCUUUUUGGAUUUUUUUUCACAAUUUUCAUUUCCCUAGAGUUUUAUCACAAAAAAGAGUUAGUGUAAAAUCAAUUUCUUGUACUUAUCCUGUUAGUGGUUACCAGGUUGAUAACAGUUAAGUUAAGCAAUUGCUGUACAAUACGACCCUAAAUGUGAUAUAUACGUUAUUUUGGUAGAUAACAUUGGGGUUCAUACAUGGUUGUAAUGGGUGCAUACAGACCUGACACCGUGAGGUGUCAUGAACAUUUCAGAAGUUGUUUCAUACUUGUGCCUUUCAAUAAUCCUCUCUCUAUCACUGAUCGUAGUCUUGUAGAAUGUACUUGGGUAGCCAGAUCACACCUUGUAUUUCAUCAUUAGUUGGACAGUAUCAGUUCCUGCUUAUGCAAUAGUGUGCUGUAUUGCCCACCAAAAUAGCAAAAGGAAAUUCAUUCUCAUUGUUCUAUUAUUGCCUGUCCCAAAAAGAGUCAUGUUUCAUCUAUGUACAACUCUUUAAUAUGGUAAAGUACAACUCUUAGAUACCACUCAUCCUAGUUAUAUUGUUAUAUUUUUUAAUUUUUUAUUGGGUAUAAUUGAAUUUGUAUAUCUUACAUGUUUUUUAUUUAAGUGCGGUGGAUUGGUCAUUUGGAUGAGUGAUGCACUUGUUAGACGAGUUGAGAGGUGAGGAGAAGAGGGAGAGGAAGACCCAAACAGACGUGGAUUAGAGGAAUCAGAGUUGACAUGCUUUUUCUUGGCUUUGGAGAGAGCAAAGUAGUGGGCACAUAUCCGUGUGGAGGAUUGAUCUCUUUUCUCUCUUUCCCCCCUCCUUUUCUAUUAUCUUUUUAUCUUCUUUAUCUUUCUUAUGUUCUUAUAUUAUUUUUAUCUUUUAUCUUUCUUAUUUAUCUUCAUCUUAUCAUUUUUAAGCUUGAUUGUUGUUGUAUCUUUCAUACGUUCUUAUGUUAUUUUUAUUUUGAAUCUUUCUUAUGUUCUUUUAUCUUAUAUUUAUCUUUAUCUUUAUCUUUAACUUAUUCUUUUUAUCUCACCUUAUUGUUUCUCUUUUCUUAUCUUUCUUUUCUUUUUGGCUCUGAUAUCAUGGAUCUUUUGGUAAUAAGGCUUGAAUGUUGUUGUCGUUGUACUUUUUAUUUAUUUAAGUCUAAUGAAAUAGCUUCUGAUGCUUAAAAUGGGCGUUUUGGGGACAACGUAGACUUUUUAUGGAAUGGAAGGAGUGUUUUUCAACAUUGUCAAAUCAUUCUCUUUGCAACUUCUGGAAAUCUAUUCCACUUUUCCCUGCCCCUCCAUUUUUGCCUUUGUGUAAGUAGAAGUCAUUCCUAAGUUUGUUUGAAUUAUGUUUUGUCUGCCUACCGAGUACGCUAUAUUGGCAGUUUUUGGGGGUGCAAGGGAUGAGGGGAAUGACAUUUUUUAUUGUUUGGGGAGGUGUUGGUGCACACUGUACAGUCUCAUAAGUUAUGUAAUUUUAUGGAGCAUGUAUGUGUAUUCCAUUAGAAUCAUGCAUUAGGUGGCUGAAUCUGAAACAGCCACCUCAUUAAUGGUCGGUCCAUUUUUGUGAGAAGGUACAAUCCUACUCAGCCACCUCAGCAGCGUGUUUCUCACAUGCUUUUUAAUUCUUUUUUAUUGUAAUUAGCAGAGUCAUUGUUAAAUGCAAAAGCUAUUAUAUGUGGUGUUUGCAUAGGGAAUGUGCCUCAGACUCUCUGUGCUUCCAUUCGGGGAAUAGGCGUCAGACCAUAUGUGCUUCCAUUCUUCCAAUGUUGUAGGUUUGUGCUUCACCAUAUGAUGUUGAGGCCAAGUCUUUUAUGACCUGAAGCAGGGUUGUUAGAUGGUUGAAUAUCAUGCCAUUAACAGAUGUUUUCCUCUAUCUUUAAGAAGGAAAGAAAGAUGGCGCCCUUGGACUUGGUAUAUAAGGAUAUUUUUUAUACAUAGUUUAUGUAUUAAAAAAAAGUAAAUGAUAAGAAGUUUAUCAGGUAUAUGAAUCAUGCUUUACUUUUGUACUAAUGAACAUCAGUUGGUUAAGUUAAAUUAUGAUACCAUAUAUGGUUUUGCAUUAUUAGUUGCCUGGUGGACUUCACUUUUACUUCUAGAGUACUAGUAGCUCUUGAUGUUUUCAAAUUGAGGGAUUCCCUUUUCAUGACUAGAAGCUGGUAUUGUCAGUGAGUGGCAUCUUAUUAGCCCUUACAUCUGAAAAGUAUAUAUUUCUGGGGGGUCGUUAUACACAUACCUGCAGCAGCAGAGCUGGGAACUGGGGAGGUUAUGCUCUCUAUGUAGAUGCUUAUAAACAUGUUUGUGCUAUUACUCUUGGUGCACUCUAUAUCAACAUUCUGCAGAAGGUUCAUGGAUUUAUCCAUCCCCCAUUGCUGCUCUGUAAUUAGUUGGCUUAGAAGUUCCCUUUGGCUUCAGUUCAAACCGAAACAGAUUGCUGCUGGUGCUGCAUACCUUGCCGCUAAGUUUUUGAACAUGAAUAUGGCUUCUAAUCACACCAUCUGGCACGAGUUCCAAACCCCGCCUCCUGUACUUCGAGAUGUUGCACAACAAUUGAUGGAGCUCUUCUAGAGUGCUGAAAGGAGUCACAUAACUAGACUACACUUCUGCUGCACGCUUGGUUCUUCUUCUGCUACAACAGUAAUUCUUCUUGGCUUCUACAAGUAUAAACUACUACUACAGCAGCAGUGAGCUCAGCCUUGCUGGUUGUGUUAACUUGUUUUGUAUAGUCCCAUGUGUACUGCCAGUGCCACUUUGAUGUGUUGUAAGAGUAAUUCUAUGGAGGCGUAAAAAUUACGUUAUCAUUGAAUGAUAAUGCAAUUCAAUGAUAACUUCUACCUCUUAAAUGUUGCCAUACAGGAAUGUUUCCUUGCGAUUUGCAGUUUUAAUGCCUUUGUAGAAUUACUCGUUGUAAAUGAACUACCAGAGCGGAGUUGUUGGAAUUGGAUUUAGCCUCAUUUUUUAAAGGUUUAAAUAUGGUUUUAGUCCCUGCAAAUAUAGGCCACUUUGUUUUAGGUCCCUGCAAAAUAUUUUCUUUGUUUCCAUCCCUGUAAUAUGCAAUAUUUUGAGUGUAGUCCAUCUCCAACUCCGAAACAACUCUACUUAGAGUAUUUAGUGUCAG